AUCGAUCCGGUACCCUCAAUGUGCAGUUGGGCUCCAGUGCAGCAGAACUUCUCCGUGGAGGACGAGACCGAGUUGGCUAACCUACCCUACAUUGGAGACGAUCAGGCGCAGGAAGAUGUCUCCUUCCUGGAGGAACUGCUCAACAACUACGACGGUCGCCUGCAUGGAAACUUUCCCUUCGACUUUGAUGAAGAGCUGGUGGUGCAGCUGGUCGAGGAGGUGGCCAACCAGUGGCCA